AUGUUGAAGAGGGGAACGCUCAAGGCUGUAUGCUCUGCGGCAUACGGGUCGAUUCAGCAGAUUGGUACAGCGACUACCAUAGACACGAAGAAGGUCAAUUACCUCGUGACCGAGUAUCUUACGGGGACCGUUCUACUUGAGAAUAUUUGGAACACACUCGACGAAACCAACCAGCUGGAACUGGUAGACUCGGUCGUUUGUGCUGUGGAUAGACUUCAGAAGCUUGGAGACAUCAAGAAUGUCUAUGAACAUCUUACGGCAACCCCUUAUAUAUCAAACGACAAGAAGACUCCCAUUGCUAUCGGUGGUCCGGGAAUUGGAUAUUUUCCAGAUAUCAAGAAUUUCUUAGAGGGAAUACUACAAAAGCAUGAGAGACCGCCAGGCUGCAAGUUAUUGGGGAGUGAUGGCGGACUUUCGAUUCAGUCUGAAUACGAUGAUAUCGGCCAGAUCGAUCUAUCUCACUCGGAUCUUGAUGAACUCCAGCAUUGUGUUAAAAUCAUCCUCUGGAAAAUUGAGCUGGCUGGUGUGAUUGACUGGGAAAUGGCGGGCUUUUUCCCAUUCGCUUACGAAUACGGUGUUAAGGAUACUUCUCUUGGUUGCGAAAACCUGUACUUCAGUUGGUAUACCAUGUUCAAAGGAAAGGCAUCCUAUUUAUUACCGCAGACCGAGUGUCACACCAAGUUUAUCCAAGCUGUGAGGAUUAUUGAGAAAUCGAAGAAGAAAGCCAUGUCACGAAAUGUUGGCGUUCGAGUGCAGGCAACGUGGAUACAAAGGGAAAAGGUAGAGGAAUCUUCCGACAUCCGUGAAGGUUGGAUCCGCAAAGCAGGGGAGAAAAGUCAAGUGUUUACUAAAGAGGAUAUGCAAGAACUUGAGAAUGAGGUCCUAAAGGAACUGGGAUAUAUCUAG